UGUGAAUUACUGAUCACAUCUAAAUGUUUCAAUUGGCCAAAUUGAAUUUGUGUGAAUUGAAUUUUACAAAUUUAAUUAGGUCAGUUGAAAAAUUUAGAUAAAAUAUAUUGAGUUGGAGAGGUUUUAAAUUUUUUUUACACUAUAUAUAUAAAUCCAUCACAUCUUCUGUGGAAGUCAGCAGAGAAUCGAUUGUGAGGACACAGAGCCUCUUCAUGGGUGGUAUCGAUCUGCUCAACUUCUUAACAAAAACAAGUCCAGCUUUUGGUCCAGACACUGGUUCUAGUAUUUCCUGCCCCAGAAUUAUAUUUGGAGUGGUCAAUGCUUGCCUAUUAUUAAUAAAAGACUGCAAAGCCUUGGAAAAGCAAAGACUGAAAGGGGGAGACACAGUGAGGCACAGCUGACAGCCUCAUCCAGAUCAAUGCUCCAAUCUAUCAUGGUAGAGAGGUCAUUAGGUCCUAAUAUAAAAGAUGCCCAUUUGAUUUGAUUCACAUAUGACUAUGUGAUAUAUUAAAGGAAAAAAGAGAAAGAAAAAAUGUCUUUGCUUUUUUACAGUUGGGUAACAAAAUUCAAACAUGUGAAACAACUUAUGUUUUUUUGCACACAUUUUAUUUAGUCAAUAUUAAAAAAAGACAAACAAACAUUAGCAUUAGGUUACACAUAUUACUUUAUGUUAGAAGAAAAUAAAACAGAAUGUGAGAAGGAAGGAACUGAUAGUCAACAUUUGAAGUGGAUCAAAAAAAGUUCAUCAAAGUUGUCCUAAGACAAGAAACACAUUUUGAUUUUAGGUUUUAGGACAAAGGUUUUGAUCCACUUCAAAUGUUAGUGUACAUAUUAUGAUGAAAUGUUUUUAAAACCAACAAAAAUGCAUUAGAAAAAUCAAUAUUAGUCUUUUGAGGGUUGUCCUUGACCUUUCUUAUGUCACACUGCUUUACUGGGCACAAUGCUUUUUGGAGAAAAUGUUUAAUAAUUUAUACCACUGCAAAUACAGUUCAGUGUGUGCUUCUCUUUGGUAGAACAGCUUUCUGAAUAAUGCUUUCCUGUUUUAUAUAUACUGCGUAUGUAGUCAGCUGUGUGUGUGUGUGUGUGUGUGUGUGUGUGUGUGUGUGUGUGUGCGUGCGCGCUCGUGCAUGUUUACAAUUGACUUUAUCAUUGAUGAGAGUCUGCAAGUCAAUAGAGCUUAUUAAGAAAGCCAGACUCUCAGUCCUCGUUUAGAUUGAUUUGUGUUGCAGAAAGGGAGAAGGCUUGUGUGGAAGUAAUGAGCAACAAUAAUAAACUAUUACAUAAAAACUGAGUCAUUUGUUUCAGGAACAUUUAUGAAGAUAACACUAAAUGCCACAUGCACAAUCUCCCACUUUCAUCAGUAACAACAUUUACAUGAACAACAUGUUCAUGAAAAUGAGAACAGGAGCAAGAUGAUUUUUUCCCCCUCGGUAAACAAGGUAAAGAGUUGUAUUAUGUACCAUUUGCACAAACAUGCUUCUGUUUCAUGAGACUGCCUCAUUGAUGUAAUUUUAUUUUUAAUUUAAAAGUGCAUCAGAUUACUUAAUUUGUUGACUAUUUUAAAAUCUUUUUUGUAACAAUUAAAAAGUUGAAGUUGAAAAGUUUAAUUGUAAGGUUUACAUUUCAUCUCGGUGUCAGUACAUUUAUGUUCACUUGGAGAUUAUAGGCAUGUUUGAGAUCAGGAAUCAGAAUUCUGUGUGUUUAAUGAACAAGAAGCUGUCCCUGUGCAUGACAGGAAAACAUGUCAUCUGUAAGUGUUUGUGGUUUGUAAAUCAGCUUAUCUUCUUCUGCAUCCAUUCUCAGUGUUUCUGAGCAGCGUUUCAGUAAACAAAGUAUUACCUUUAAAAGUAAUACCUUUAAAAUAAAGUUCAAAAUUUGGCAUCAUGUGUAUGUUGCUCACGAGUUCUUAUGUAUCUUAUUCUAAAAUGUCAUUUGCUUCCAGUUUGGUCAAUGCUAAAAACAGAACAUAAAAAUUCUGCUUAAGUUAAGUCUUUAUGGUUAAAUAGCUUAAAUUAUACAAGGCAGCAAAUGUACGGCUAGCAAAAGGAAAUGAACUAAGGCAACCACAAAUGUUCCAUGGUAAACCACCUUCAACGUGAUUGGUGUGACACCAGAGCAGUCAUCUUGAGUUGUAAAAUAUAUACAUAUAAUCAGUCCCUGAAUUCCCAGGGAAUUGAACCCAUGAUCUUAACAUGGAUAGUGCCAUGUUCUACUGUUUGAGCUGCAGGAAUGCUAGAUUUCUAACAUUUUUCUUAGAACACCCCCCACCCCACCCCACCCACCUUUUGCUGUAAUAUGGUUGUUGAUAGAAUGAAAAGUCUGCUGUGAGUCUACUGUGGACUAAGUAACUCUGUGCCAAAAAUCUAAACACUAACAGAGCAAAGAAUGUUAUAUAUUGUGACUAGGAUUUUGAGCCAAUGAAACAAUUACUUAAAUGGAUUUAAUUUAGAAAUAAUUUCCUGUAUAUAUUUAAACAUGUAUCCUAGUGCUCUUAGAAGAGAUCGGAUUAUUCUUGCUAGUUUUCCAAAAACAAACCAGACAUUAUUUUAUUAUUAGUAUUAUUAUUAUUAUUGGCCUAUUUAAAUGCAUAUGUCUUAAUAUAUCAUAUAUCUUAAUAAUGCAUUCUAUUUAGCCAGGAGAAACAAAUAUUAUCUGUCAUCAGUUGCCAGUUAAUAUGCAAACAUUAUUUUUCACCAAAGUGCUUUGUGUUUUAAGACGAAGGUGGCCAUUAACAGAAAGUUUCUACUUAAAGCAAGCCCCUCCUUAACUGUUCUUUACAGAGUCAACACACACAAAGAUACAAAAAGAGUUCCCAGACAUAAACUAAUCUCAUUUUAGGUAAGAUAUUUUAUAAAUUGAUAUCAAUGUUCUUUUUUUGUAUUAUGUGUUUACUGAAUAUACAAUUUUUGAUACAGCCAUUUAUUUAUUAUUAUUAUUUUUUUUUUUUUUUAGACAAAAUAUCUUUUUAGUGUAAGUUGUUGCUCAUUUAUUGUGUGGUGCUAAAAACUCAUUUUAAAUGUUUUUUAAUUUGUUAGAACAUUAGGCUGGACAAAGGUAUCUUAGCAAAUUAGUUCAGUUGGAACAGUAAAAGAUUAAAAAAAAUAUUUGUUUAAGGGUAAAUUCCUUAUGCUAUGCAAUGAACUGUAAUAAAUCUAAUAUAGGACAUUUAAUGUAAUUUAAUAGUAAAAUACUGUUCAAUUUAUGUAAGUGAAAAUGACCAAGUCAUUCUAUAAUUUACAGACUGUUGAAAGACUUUUAAAUUAAAAUAAAUUGACAUUUGCAGAACUGCCUGUGACACUUCACAUUUGGUGUAUUUACAUUGAAAUUACUAUAUUUCCUAUUAGUUCUUCUUACAUAUUAUGUUACAUCUCAUGUUGUUAAAUUAACGUUUAUCACAUUUUUUUAAUUGUGUCAUCUGUUACCAUACUAUUUGUUAGUAUUUACCUCAGCUUUUGGAAAAUCUACUUGUGAUGAGCUUUGAUUCUUCAUGUGGCUUUCUCAUUACCUUCUCUGUCUUUGUUGGUUGCCAGUUUAUUGCAAAGAUAUGAAAUCAGAUAUGAAAUCAGUGGGCUGUUAUUUGUCUGUGUAUUCAUGUAUUUAUUUAUUUUCACAGUGUCUGAUUAACAGAGAUAUUUUUGUCCUCUUAAACUAGUUAUAAUUUCUCCUUUAUGCAAAGACCUUUGUUUACAUUUCUUAUUGAACUUGUACAAUAUAAACAUGCUUAUUGCAGAAAUCCAAAACUUUUCUAAGAAUGGAAAGCAGUAAGGUCGUCUCAACUGACAAACCUACAGUUUUCAUUGAAGUAAAUCCAAAGGUGAUACAAGAUACUGUUAUUUUUUUUGAUGGUCAUGAGGCCGGAGGAAAAAAUCACACUACGGUUCUUAAAGGAUUUCUCAAAGCACAACCAAAGGCACUGGGGACUGUCCAGAUAAUGAUUGGAGCGAUGGUCUUCAUACUUGGUAUUGUUCUUACCUCCAGUAUCUACAAUUAUACUGCAAUUCUUGAGUAUAGUGGCAUAAACUACUGGGGGUCCUUUAUUUACAUCAGUGCUGGCUGUUUGUCUGUGGCUGCGCAGAAUAAACAUCAUCCAUGUGUGGUGAAAGCAUCUCUUGGAAUAAAUGUGUUCAGUGCCAUAACUGCAGGGAUGGCCAUUCAUCUGAUGGGCAUACAGUUAGCAUUGAUAUCAAUGGAUAAUCCAAGUUUAUAUGUUGAGUAUUUUACUAUGAGGGUCACUGGAAUAUUGCUGGUGUUCACCAUUCCUCAGUUCAUCAUCUCCAUCUAUAUCUCAGCACUUGGCUGCAAAGCCGCCUGCAACAAAGACUCCACAGUGGUCAAUGUGCACUGAACUAGGUAAAGGAUUUAGUUGAGAUGACGCUAUUAUUGCUAUAACGAGCUUGGCAAUCAGUUUUAUCACAACAAUCAAUAAUUAUUUGUGUCAAUGUUUUUAGAGAACGAUACAGCUCCACUGAACAAGCAGAUUGAUAAAACUAGCAGAAUGUAAAGGAAAUAUAAAAUGGCCUGAAUGUUUCAUGGUAAACUGCUUUUAACCUUAGUGCAUAAAUUUCAUAUUGUAUGAAAUAGAUGAACUACUGUAUAAGUCAAUCACAACAUGCUUUAUUGUUUUUUCUUUAUAAUUUAUCAACUGUAUAAACUUUAUAAACUGUAUGGUGUAAGGU